CGCCUGUGCUUUGGUCACGUGUCCCGGAAGUCUUUCUACGCUGCGACGAAAACAUGGCUGCGCUCUUGAGAUCGAGCCGGUUACUUAACUUCUCGCCUUCUGGCGUACUGAAAAUAACAGGGACAAAAGUCAUCGGACCGCCACUGAGUCGGCUUUACAGUAGAGCUGUCGGCGGCCAGAGAGCUGGAGUAGGUUCCAGACAGUUCACUCGUUGUUCAGAGAAUGUCUCCAGACAAGCAUGGCCGUAUGUGGCAGGCAGCGUGCGAAGUUAUGCCCUGGCCACAGAGCCCAAGGAAGAUGGCAACCUGGGUCUGCGUUCCAAGCAGGCCCAGCAGUUUGACUGGGCCCUUGCCAAGCUGGACAGCUCCGUUAGGAGGACUGGCCGUGUCACCAAAACACUACUCCUGCGCAUCUUCCAUGACAAUUGCCGGACAGGCCACCCCAGUGGGAACCAGGCCUUGCUCCUGCUGCGUAGCUGUGGCUCCCUGCUACCAGAGAUCCCAAUGGCAGAGCGCACUGAGCUCGCACAUCGCAUCUGGGAGAAGCUGCAGGAGCUAGGGGCCAUGUAUGACGCCAGCCACUACAAUGCCCUGCUCAAGGUUUACUUGCAGAACGAGUUCAAGUUCUCGCCUACUGACUUCCUGGCCAAGAUGGAGGCAGCCAAUGUCCUGCCCAACAGAGUAACCUACCAGAGACUGAUCGCAGCCUACUGCCACGAGGGAGACAUCGAGGGCGCCAGCACAAUUUUGGGUUUCAUGAAGAGCAAAGAUCUAGCAAUCACAGAAGCUGUGUUCAACUCGCUGGUAACAGGCCACGCCCGCUCAGGUGACAUUGAAAGCGCCAAAAACAUCCUCCUUGUGAUGCGAGGAGCAGGGAUCGAACCGGGGCCUGACACCUACGUAGCACUUCUCACCGCCUAUGCAGAAAAAGGAGACAUUACCAGCAUCAAGCAGACCAUUGAGGUGGCUGAGAGUGCUGACUGCAGCCUGAUGCACAGAGACAUGAUGCAGGUCAUCUUCUCGCUGGCCAGAGCCGGAUACCAGCAGCACGUCCCUGAGAUGACUGAGCUCAUGAGGCACGACAGGGGCUUCGUGCCAGAUGCUAUGAACCUGUGUCUGAGCCUGAUCACUCAGCGCAUGGAGGACACGGCCUUCGGGAUCCUCCAGAGCUUCCCCGCGCAGCAUGGGGAGGUCCCGAGCACGGAUGGCCCCACCCUGGGGAGCUUCUUCCUCAGACACUGCGUCCACAUGGACAUGCCCGUGGAGAAGUUGGCCCGCUACUGCAAGGAACUGCAAGAGUCCAACCUUCACACCACACCACUACACUUCACCCUGGCCUGCGCCCUCGAAACCAGGAAGACAGAUAUGUGUGUGUCCCUGAUGAAGGUUCUGAAGGAGCAGGGUCUACCUGUUAGGCCUCACUUCUUCUACCCGCUCCUCACCCAACAUGUUAAGGACAAGAACACAGCAGGAGUGCUGGAGGUGGUGAGGGGCAUGAUGGAGCUGGAAGUGUCCCCUGCUCCUGAAACCUUCACCAACUACAUCAUCCCUGCCUUCGAGAGCAUUGAGGAAGCCCGCAAGGCCUUCAAGGAUGAAGGAUUAACGCUGGAGUCUGAAUACUUCCUGUCUGCGGAGGUUCGCUCAGCAGCUAGUAGCAAUCUAGCCAAAUUCUACACCAUGAUCUCUGACCAGGCCUUCCCAGUCAUGGAGAUCGGUAACUUCCGCGGCAGCCUCACCGCGGGCUUCAAAAAGUUCAGCGAUAUCGAGAGCAUGGUAAAGAUCACCGACCUCCUCUACAGAGACGCUCGCUUCACUAGAGGCAACUCCAAGCCCGCUGACACUGCUUCAUUUCUAUUGUACAACCUGGUGGACAGCAUGACUGAAGCAGAGGUCCGUGCACAUGAGACCAAACUGCAGGAGUACUUUAACAAGCUGAGUGAACAGAAGAUCACCAUCUCCUUCAACAUCUAUAGAGGCAUGAGGAACCUCCUGGACUCGUACCAGGUCCCAGAGCUCAUUAAGGAUGUUCUUAAACUGGUGAACCCCAAAGAGAUGACCUCAGCGGCGCCCAACACUGCCACUGGGGCCAAACUAGAGGUGCUGGAGACGAAGUUAGCCGAACUGAAAGCUGAAAACAAACCAGUGGGCGUUGUGGUGAAACAAAUCAUACUAGCCCUUUGUGCCAAAGAGGACCUGGAGCGGGCUCUCGAGAUGAAGCAGCAGUACGAGGACGAGAUGACCACCGGCACUUACGCCGUCCUCAUCAACCUCUGCUGUCGCCACGACAACCUGGAGGAGGCCCUCAGCCUAAAGAGAGAGCUGAGUCGCAGGGACUCCUCUGUCGCGCUGGAUGCCGGUAAAUACAUCGGCCUGAUGAAGGCCCUUACCAAGAGUGGGAGAGUGGAGGAGGCCAUGGACAUCCUGAAGGAGAUGAAGGAGAAGGAGGUGGUGGUGAACGACGCCAACGCCAGCCUACUCUUCCAUGCGCUCAACAACCUGGGGGCCAAGGGGGACGCCGCCUCCAUCCGCCAGCUGCAGGACACCAUCUUCUCUCUGGGGCUGGCCAAGCCCACCGCCAACCUCUGCUCCCCGCUGAUCACCGCCUACCUGCACAGUAAUGACCUGUCUGCAGCUCUGGAAGCGGCCAUGGAGUGUCAGAAGCGUUACGGACAGCUGCCCCGUAUCCACGACGUCAUCGUGGGCCUGGUGGAGACCGGAGACACAGAGCUACUGCAGAAAGCCAUGGACUUUGUGAGCCAGGAGCGAGGCGAGAUGACCAUGCUCUACGACCUUUACUUUGCCUUCAUGCAGACAAACCGCUUCCGGGAAGCCCGCAAAAUCAUUGAGACCCCUGGGUUGAGGGCCAAGGCCGGGCGGAUCCAGUGGUAUGCAGAGAAAUGCAUUGCAGGAAACCAGAUGGAGUCUUUGGAACAGAUGGUGGAGAUGACAGCAAAGCUGUUUGAGUGCGACAGGGAUGAGAUGUACAGCUAUAUACUCCGGAGCUGUAAGUCGACCAACGACUGGAAGAAAGCAGAGUCUGUUUGGACCAAGAUGCAGGAGGAAAACGUGGUCCCCAGGGAGAGGACCCUGCGCCUGCUGGCAGACAUCCUGAAGAGCAACGGACAGGAGGUGCCCUUCGAGGUGCCCAAGACCUGGUUUGAGCAGGACGCCGCCAUCAAGACGCCCCCGCCCGCCACCGCGGCCCCCCUAGUCCCCACCGGUUCAGAUGUCGGAGUCCGUCUUCUGGGGCUGUGCAAAAAGGGCAGGGUCAAAGAGGCAAUGGACAUGCUGGUGGCGGCCGGGCCGGACGUGGCCCUGGGGGCCGUUGUGUACGACCACAUCAUACGGGCCCUGUUGGCCACCGGGGCCCUGGAAGACGCCAUGACUGUCAAAGACAUGGCCGUUUCUCGUUCCCCUGGCUUUCAACUGAGUGAUCUGGCUACCAACCUGCUGAUCAUCACCUACAGCAGGAGAGGCCAGGCGACAGAGGCCCGUGAGACUCUGAACGCCAUGCUGCAGGCAGACCUCGUGCCCUCCCAGCUCUGCGUCACCCGAUUGGUCCAGGAGCUGGGUAACCAAGGGGACGUGGCCGCCAUCCAGGAGGUGGAGGCGCUGGUGAAGGGCCUGGGCUUGGCCCCUCAGCUGUCCAGCAUGGUGUUUGUCAACAACACGGCCCUGGCACACAUCAAGAAUGGGGACCUGGCCACUGCCAUAGAGCUGUUGGACGGCAUGUACACCAGUCCAGAGUCCACACAGCCCAGCAUGGCCUUCGUAUUCAGGAAGAUGUAUGAGCAGAACAACGAGGAAGCCAUUGACAAGUUGGCUGCCAUGUCAGAGCGGCUGGCCAACCACUUUGCAUGCUACCGGCCGGCCACAGACCUCUUCUUCCAGCUGCUGGACAUGGACAAACUGGAAGACGCCAAGGCCAUGUUGAUGCGCUGCGGCGGCCUGGCUGAGCAGAAGGACAUCCUGCUGUCGUACACGUCCCGCAAGGCCCGGCGCCCCGGACAGGUGGAUAAGAUCAAGGCCCUCCACGCCUUGAUCCCCGACUACACGGAGAAGGACGUCCACUACAGCUACCUGAUGAAGUGCUACGGUGUGGAUAACGAUCUGUCCUCUGCCAAGGCUCUGUUUGACCAGAUGGAGGCGGAAGGCGUGUCUGUCCAUGAGCUGUCACUCAAACGAUUGGCAGUGCUGUACCGCAAUGCCGGAGAGGCACUGCCCUUCCCCGAGCCCCCUGAGAGCUUUAAGUUUUACUCUGACAAGCUGAGGGAGAGUGUUAGCCAGUCCCAGGAGUGAAGAGUGAACAUGAAGACCUCCGACCACACACACACCCUCUCACUUCUCCCCCCACUUGGUGAUGUCUGUGUAUUUUAGUUUUUUUAUACAAGUUGUUUGAAUUGAAAUGUGAAAGAUGGUGUUGUUACUGUAGGAUGUAAGCAUCUGUCCUCUGAUGAUGGAAUUGUUGAAUAUGUAAAACAUGAAAGAGGGUAUUUAUGCUAAUAAACAUUGUGGUGAAUACGG